AUGUGCUUCUUCAGGUAUGGGGGAGGCCCGGGUGCCAUGAAGCCAGUGCGGGUUGUCACUCUUUGGUGGGUACUACUGCUGGUGUCCAGGCUGGGGGCCACCACGAAGGAAUUCCCAGAAGAGGCCUCCUUCUACUAUGGAAACUUCCCACUUGGCUUCUCCUGGGGCGUGGGCAGUUCCGCCUUCCAGACUGAGGGUGCCUGGGACCAGGACGGGAAAGGGCCCAGCAUCUGGGACACCUUCACGCACAGCGGGAAAGGGUAUGUGCUUGGGGAGGAGACAGCAGAUGUGGCCUGUAACAGCUACGACAAGGUCCAGGAGGAUGUGGCUCUGCUGAGGGAGCUGCACGUCAGCCACUACCGGUUCUCCCUGUCCUGGCCCCGGCUCCUGCCCACAGGUGUCCGAGCCGAUGGGGUGAACAAGAAGGGAAUCCAAUUCUACAGUGACCUCAUUGACGCCCUUGUAAAGAGCAACAUCACCCCCAUUGUGACCUUGCACCACUGGGAUCUCCCGCAGCUGCUCCAGGGCAAGUAUGGCGGGUGGCAGAACAUGAGCAUGGUGGACUACUUCAGUGAUUAUGCCAACUUGUGCUUUGAGGCCUUUGGGGACCGGGUGAAGCACUGGGUCACUUUCAGUGAUCCUCAGACAAUGGCAGAAAAAGGCUACGAGACAGGCCACCACGCACCUGGCCUGAAGCUCCACGGCACGGGCCUGUACAAGGCGGCACAUCAUGUCAUUAAGGCCCACGCCAAAGCCUGGCACUGCUACAAUGACACAUGGCGCAGCGAGCAGCAAGGUCUGGUAGGGAUUUCAUUAAACUGCGACUGGGGAGAACCUGUGGACAUUAGUAACCCUAAGGACAUAGAGGCUGCCGAGAGAUACCUACAGUUCUGUCUGGGCUGGUUUGCCAACCCCAUUUAUGCCGGUGACUACCCCCAAGUCAUGAAGGACCGUAUCGGAAGAAAGAGUGCAGAGCAAGGCCUGGAUAUGUCGAGGUUACCAGUGUUCUCGCUCCAGGAAAAGAGCUACAUUAAAGGCACAUCUGAUUUCUUGGGAUUAGGUCAUUUUACGACUCGGUAUAUCACAGAAAGGAAGUACCCCUCUCGCCAGGGGCCCAGCUACCAGAAUGAUCGUGACUUAGUAGAACUGGUUGACCCAAACUGGCCUGAUAUGGGGUCUGAAUGGCUAUAUGCUGUGCCGUGGGGAUUUAGGAGGUUUCUCGACUUUGCUCAGACUCAAUAUGGCAACCCGCCCAUAUAUGUGACAGAAAAUGGAGCGUCUCAAAAAUUACACUGUACCCAAUUAUGUGAUGAGUGGAGAAUUCAAUACCUUAAAGGAUACACAAAUGAAAUGCUAAAAGCUAUCAAAGACGGUGCUAACAUAAAAGGGUAUACUUCCUGGUCUCUUCUGGAUAAGUUUGAAUGGGAGAGGGGAUACUCAGAUAGAUUUGGAUUCUACUAUGUCGAUUUCAACAAGAAAAAUAGGCCACGCUACCCAAAGGCUUCAGUUGAAUACUACAAGAAGAUCAUCACUGCCAAUGGGUUUCCCAAUCACCAAGAGGUGGAAAGUUGGUACCUCAAAGCCUUGGAAACCUGCUCCAUCAACAACCAGAUGCUUGCUGCAGAGCCUUUGCUAAGUUACAUGCAGAUUGUGACGGAGAUCGUGGUACCUACAGUCUGCACCCUCUGUAUACUAAUCGCUGCAGUUCUGCUGAUGCUUCUCCUGCGGAGCCUGAGCUGAGACAGGGUCACCCAUUU